CAGUCAAGUGUCCCAGCCGUGGUGACGAACGCCUCACGCUUCGCCGCUUCGCCUCGCUGCCAUGGCUGAAGAGAAAGGAAUGGAGUGGAAGGAGAUGCCCGGACCUUGAUGUCCGGACAGGUGACGGGUGAGGGCCGGGGUCGGCGUUGGAGUGGGUGAGUGCCAGGCAGCUGCUCCUUCAAGGAGAGCUUCAACGAAUGUCAGAGAGGCUCAGCAAGGACCUGCGUCGGGAGCUAUCAAGUGCCCUGUCACAUUGGUUGGAGCAGCCAAAGCAUCUUGCCUGGCGCAAGAAGGAAGAGGAGUCCAAUGCCCUGUCUCCAAGAGCCAAAGAGGCGUCGCCACAGCUGCCACCACAGCUGCCAUACUCCCCCACUCUUUCGACGUCCACACCCAUGGCAGUCUCGAUGAACGAUGAGCGAGAUAUUGCUCGGAUGCGCAUGAAAGCACGUACUUACGUGAGCACUGAAGGUAUUGGUGGUCCUGUUGCAACUGGAAGCAUGACCCUGAUUGGCACGCCGAAAAGUCAGACAGGACGAGGUUUUGCGUUUUCCCGCUCUGCGAGCAGUGCGAUUGAUGUUGGAACGCUGGAUGAAGUGGACGAAUGCGAACCAGAGAAUCUCAAAGUUGUGCCAGAUGCACCACCCGAUGCAGGUAACAAGAAGGAUAAAAGGGACUCCAGGGCGAUGAGCGAGCCGAGAAGCAUUUUCGUGCAUCAUAUAUCAAGAUACGCUCCAGAAGAAGCAGGAACUGCUGAGACUCCGGAGAGCCCCACAUCAUCGUCCAAGUCCAGCUUUUCUCGGUGCAACUUCCUUCAACAGAAGUGCCUAUGGCUGGUCAGAUUGGAAGCGUUUGAUUACAUCAUGGGUUUGGCGAUUUUGGCCAAUGCAAUCCUGAUGGGAGUCCAAGCAGAUCUGGCCGUGCACAGCGCACGCACCGGCGAGUUGGAGCCGCCGGCGGUGCGUGCAGUGGCGGUUGUCCUUGGCGUCAUUUUCACUGUGGAAUUGGUGUUGAGAAUCUUCGCUUUCCGCUUGGACUUCUUCACCAAGCCCGGGUGGAAAUGGAAUAUCUUUGAUUUCACACUGGUUUUCCUUCAGAUCAGUGAAGAGGUCGUGACGGCUGUGGUCUACACCGAUAGCACGUCCAGAACCGUGAACCUGAGCUUUAUGCGCAUUUUGCGGGUUCUCCGCUUGGUCCGAAUUGUCCGGCUGGUUAGAGUGCUCCGUCUCAUCCGCGAACUUAGGACCUUGGUAGAAUCCAUUGCAUCAACGAUGACUUCCUUGUUGUGGACGGUGGUGUUGUUGCUUCUCUUGAUUUUUGUCGUGGGCAUUUGCUUCACUCAAGUGGUUGCUGAUGUUGCGACGGAGUCGCCUCAACUCUUGCAGGAGGGAACUGACACCUUUGAGUUUUAUGGCUCUCUCAUGCGAUCUGUGAUGUCCUUGUACCAAUCCAUCACAAGUGGAGUCAGCUGGAGAGAAGCUUCAGUCCCACUGGAAAGGCACUCCGCUGUGAUGGGCCUUGUUUUUGCUGUUUACAUUGCAUUUGCUGCCUUGGCGAUGCUGAAUGUCAUCACGGGCGUGUUCGUCGAGUCAGCGAUGGCCUCCGCACGGGAGGAAAAUACCGUCACCGUGGUGAGUCGCAUGAGGGAGAUUGUGCACCAGAUGAAGAUUGGCGAUUCGGGCCAGAUGACAUGGGAACAAUUCGAAGGGCAGCUGGACAAUCCCGUCAUGGAGGCGUACUUCAAAUCGAUUGACCUCAGCGUCACGGAGGCCCGGAGUCUCUUCCUGCUGUUGGACAUCGAUGAUCAAGGCUACAUCGAUGUGGAGGAGUUCAUUGCUGGAUGCUGUCGGAUUCAUGGUCCUGCCAAGGCCAUUGAUCUCACCACCCUCAUGUGUCAGGUCCGAAAGCUUCAUAUGGAGCUUCGUGAACAUGCGCUUUGGGUCGUGGAGUGCAUGACAAUGGCUGGAUUUGCAUCCCCGGCCAGCACCUUCCAAGGCUCUCCUCGACAUCGGAGGAAGCCCAGCUUUGGCUUGACCGCGCAUCCGGACCACGCUCUGGAGGAGAAAUCACCUGUGGCAAGUUUGGAUCAUAAAGUUCACGCUUCGCCAGCCUCGAGCAUCGAACAGGCACCAGAAGCGCUAUCAGCUCUUACACCAGCCGGCUCUUUGAAGCUUCCAAUUAACAAUCGACUCCACGAUGAGGGCUUUGGUGGCUUUGAAAAUGUCACGCAGUGGGCGAAGAAAGACACUGGGACGCUCCUUCUCCGCGAGAGCGGUAAACCGCUGUCUCUCUAGACUCGCCACUGCUUGGUGGGCUCCCUUAAGGGAUCUGCCACUGCCCAUCGGGGUGCCAUCGUGUCGUGCCGAAUCCACCAA